UUUGCAGCCCUAUCAGUGUCCGCAGCGGCGGUCCUCAGGCAGGCACAUGACUCCAAAACCCUCAGUCAAGCAACCGAUUACACAAAUGCUGAGUUCAAGGCACAUGUAACGCACAGCUCCGGUUCCCUUGAUGACCGGCCUGACCAGCCGACUGCAAAGGCCAGUGUUUCUCUCUCUCUCUCUUUAACUUCUCAGAAGUGCGACUGCUGCCUCACUGCCCGAACCUACAGGUCAGCCAUGCAUCUCACUCAACAGGACCAAAAGCUUGACACUGUGUUGAGAAACCAGGGCGCAACAGAAUCAUCUUUCGAAUUUUCAGAUGGCAGUCAUGAGCCUGAAAAGAUCGUCAUUGCUGACCCCCACGCCGACAGUCUGGAAGAAGAUCUGGACUCGAGGACUGAAGGCAACCUUAUCUACUCUAUCAACGAUCGCCCACCCUGGUACCUCUGCAUUCUUCUGGGUUUCCAGCAUUACAUACUGGCGUUCGGAGGCAUCCUGGCAAUUCCUCUUAUCCUAGCUGAGCCGUUGUGCAUAAAAGAGAACAACGCUGCCAAAAGUCAGCUCAUCUCUACCAUCUUCUUCGUCUCGGGCAUGUGCACUUUGCUACAGACCACGCUCGGGACCAGGUUGCCGAUCCUCCAAGGUGGGACGUUCACCUUCAUCACCCCGACCUUGGCUAUCCUCGCCCUUCCCAAAUGGAAAUGCCCAGACACGAGUGCCACACCUCAACCCAACGCCACAGAUUCUGCAGCACUCCUCGUGGAUGACGAUGAGGUGUGGAAAGUCCGCAUCCGCGAGAUCCAAGGGGCCAUACUAGUGGCCUCAAUGCUUCAGCUUCUCCUAGGCCUGUCAGGUCUUGUGGGCCUAGUGCUAAGGUUCAUCGGGCCUCUGGCCAUUGCUCCCACCAUCAACCUCAUCGGACUGUCACUUUUCAUCCAGGCGGGGCAGAAGUCAGGAGCCCACUGGGGAAUUGCUGCUUUAACUGUUUGCCUGAUCCUUCUCUUCUCCCAGUAUUUGAGCAAAGUUAACCUUCCUCUCAUUGCUUAUAAGGACAAGAAAUGGAAAGUCUUCCAGUACCCACUCUUCAGACUCUUUUCUGCGUUAUUUGGGAUGUGUGGAGCUUGGCUUGUGUGCUUCUUGCUGACAUUUUUCAACGCCCUGCCCUCAUCACCCAACGAGUACGGCUACAUGGCCAGGACAGACAUCAAUCUUGAUGCGGUAAAAAGUGCUGCAUGGUUCUACGUGCCCUAUCCAGGACAGUGGGGUUUACCGACUGUGAGCGUUUCGUCCGUGCUGGGCAUGAUGGCUGGAGUGCUGGCUUCAACAAUGGAGUCCAUUGGAGACUAUUAUGCGUGCGCUCGUCUCUCUGGAGCGCCUCCACCGCCCACACAUGCUAUUAACCGUGGCAUUGCGGUGGAAGGCGUGGGCUGCAUCUUGGCUGCCCUGUGGGGUAGUGGUAAUGGCACCACAUCCUACAGUCAGAACAUCGCUGCUCUGGGAAUUACAAGGGUUGGCAGCAGAUUGGUACUUCAGACCACCGGGCUUCUUAUGAUCAUCUUGGGACUCUUCGGUAAAUUCAGCGCUGUCUUUAUAACUAUUCCAGACCCGGUCAUUGGUGGAAUGUUCCUCGUCAUGUUCGGGAUGGUAGCAGCGGUGGGAAUUUCCAAUCUUCAGUAUGUGGAUUUGAACUCUUCCAGGAAUCUCUUGAUUCUUGGCUUCUCAACCUUCAGUGGUCUUGUGCUCCCAACCUGGUUUCACUCGAACCCAGGCAUGAUCAACACAGGCAUAAAAGAGCUGGAUCAGCUCAUAAUGAUUCUCUUCACUACACACAUGUUCAUCGGUGGAUUCUUUGGGUUUGUUUUGGACAACACAAUACCAGGAACAGAAAGAGAGAGAGGAAUAAAGAGCUGGAGGAAAGCAGUUCACGAAGGCUCUCAAAUACACGUCAGCGAUCACUCUUGUUACAAUCUGCCUUUCUGCACAAACUUUAUUCAGAGGUUUAAAGUGCUCCACUAUCUCCCGUUUCUCCCGUCAGUUAAGUCACAGGAAUUGGGAACACAUCUGUAGUGCCGGAGCUUCCUGUGGUGAGGCUUGAUUUUUGAAUGGCACAUUCCAGGCAAGAGGUGAGCAACGUUCAGGCCCGGCUCCAGAGUUAAACCGAUCAGAAUAACCACAGAACUGCCCUGGGUUUCCAUUCGAAAUCAACAACUGUGAACAUUUUCAGCUGUUUUGGGAUUAUUAGAGUACAUGAGGAUUCCUCAAAAACUCCAGCUAAACUUCACUGUGAACAUGGUGAAUUUUAACCGUAAAAUUGAAGUUAGAUUUUUCAAAUGACUACUUAAACAAACAACAAUUGAAAAUCUUGUUUAAUUUGUGCGAGUUCUUACCUGAUCAGUGAGUGCAGAGAGUGACGAAGUCCCACACUAAGAGUUAGAUUUUCAAAAGUUCAUAAUACUGAUAAUAAAUCAAAAUGAACCCUUUUGCGUCAAUGAAAUCCAGUUGUGCUUGCAGGUAAAAUAACAUGUCACCUCAGGACUGCUGCGUAUUUGCUCUAAUCUAGAGUUCACAGGUACCGCUGGCAUAAACGUAGCCGUUGUCAUGACAAUCAUUGCGCACAUUUUGUGAAACAACCUGUUUGUCUUUUCAUGUCAGCUUUGCUGGCACACUUAUAUAACAGAAUUCUUUUUUUCCGUUUUACUUGCUGUUGUUGAUAUAUGAAAUAUCAAAGCAUUAAUAUCAUUCAUACUGUCUAACAAUUUGAUAUUUGAGCUGGGCCUGGUGCCAUGUCAGUUUUUCUUUGUGCCAUUAAUUAAAUUUAGUAAAUUGAAUACAGAAAUGCAGUACUACACAAGAAAUGUCAUGUCAGUUCUGUGAGAACUGCACACAAGGCGUCUGAAAUCCAUGUUCUUUGAACACAUUCCAAUUUUGAUUAAUUCUUAAGUAAUUAUAGCAAUGUGAAUCAAUUUUUAGAUGUAUUUUAUAUUAGUCUUGUGAUUUUGUGCACGAUAUUUAUUAAACAUAAAUCAUUAAAUACAUGCGUGCGUAAAAACAGACCUAUCACAUUUCGGCAAGAUUUCUUUAAUGCUACCUCUACAAAAACCCAAAAAUAUUUGAUUUAAAAAAAUCCUUGCCAAAGAGAGGACGCUCUGAGAUGAUGCUGUCCUCAAAUGCAAAUUUAACUAUUAUUUUGCACACUUGUCCAUUUAAAUGACUGUAUCCCGAAAAUAGACAAAAGCAACAAUUCCUUUCAAGCUGAAUUUUUAGAUCAAAGACAAAAAGGCCUGUGAAUAAAUAAAUCAAAUUGUGUUCAUCUUCCUUGAAAUGCAGGAUGCGGUUCAUGUUUACAUUUGUACCCAAAUAAAUAUGUUAAUGACU